GCUUACUACAGAGAGGACUCUCAGUGUGUUCUGCCAGGGCAUUGCAAAGCCUGUGAUCAGAGAGCUGGGGAGAAAGUCUUUGUGCAAAUAUAUUUUACUUUAUGAAACUAUUAGUUUUACCUUUUACCCAGGUAAGAUGUGAUCAGUCAUAAAGCUCAGCCCAGCUGCAGUGCCCCUAAUUCAUGGAGUAUCUCCCUGCAGCUCCUUCUGAGCUCCCCUUGCUUCUCCAGAGCAGUCGUGUGUUGAAGCACACAAGCAGGGCUGCAGUGCCCAGCCUGUGCCUGGGCUGUUGGCACCCCACAGGUGUCAGGAAAUCACUUUUCUCCCUUGCUGUAUCACACACAGACUCCUUCACCUGCUUUUCUAGUGAUUGUUACUAUUUCCUGACUAAGUUUUCACAUUAUGUUUGUCCUCGCCACAGCACAGAUUAAAAAGGACAGAGCAGCAUCCCAGAACUGGCUGGACAGUGGGUGGAAGAUGCUGGAAGACUAUUUUCCCUGAGGUCUAAUCUUCUUUGGAAAUGACAAAACUGUUAGGACAUCAGGAGCUGGAACUGCUUUGAGCCUGUUGAAACAUGGAACACUGGGACUCACUGGGAUUUUUGAUAGUCACACUCAACUAUAAUGUGACUAUUGUAGGGAAGAUCUGGCUGAUGUUGGUAAUUCUGCUGCGAAUGGCAGUGGUGGUGUUGGCAGGCUACCCCCUCUACCAAGAUGAGCAGGAGCGCUUUGUCUGCAACACCCUGCAACCAGGAUGCUCCAACGUUUGCUAUGACUUGUUCUCUCCCGUAUCUCACUUUAGGUUCUGGCUCAUUCAGACCGUGUCUAUCCUGCUGCCUUAUGCUGCAUUCAGCAUUUAUGUUUUGCACAAGGUAGCUAUGUACAUGGUAAGAAUGCACUGUCUGGUGGAUGAGUGCAAGAGGAACAAGGGUUUAUCAAGCGCCAAAGACGUGAAGGAGAUCUGUAGAAGUGCAGUUGUCAGUAGAGUAGAUUGUGGUGCAGACAACCUAAGUGUCCUUAAUUUUUCAGGGGCAUAUACCAUUCAUCUUUUUAUUAGGACCCUACUUGAGGUUGCCUUUGCAGCUGUGCAAUACUUUCUUUUUGGAUUUUUUGUUCCUGACCGCUUUUCAUGCUACCACUCGCCUUGCACAAGCACUGUUGAUUGUUAUAUCUCCCGGCCCACCGAGAAAUCCAUCAUGAUGAUUUUCAUCUGGGGGGUCAGCAGUCUGUCCUUCCUGCUCAGCCUUGCAGAUCUCAUCUGUGCUCUCCGGAGAAUGACAGCAAGAAACCAAAAGAACAAGCUGCUGGCAAACCUCUGCACAGAGAAGGAGUGCAUGCUACAUCCUCCCCCAGUCCAGCACAGCAGCUCUUCUCCACCUCAAAAUGGGGAUGGCCCAGUAGCAAAUAGCUGUCAGACCAGUGAUGGCUCCUGCUUGCUUCUCUCUGAAGAGGAAGAAGAGGCUGUUCUUCAUCCUGAAGGUGUCCCUCAGCAAAGUGCCAGCACUGACCUCAGCAGCAGCAGCAAUAAGUGCUGUGUAUCAGGGGACCUUGCUGUUAAGCAACAGAGCACUGAAGAACUCUUGUGUGCCAGUGACCACCAAGGAACUCCCUGCAGCCAAGUGAGACCCAGAGCUCAGCAAGACUUCAUUAAAGAUACUGCCCUGGCUUUGAGACCUCGGAUCCAGUCUCCCCUUGGAGUUUCUUCCUCUGCUGUUCAGAGCAAGCUUUUAGGAUUCUACCCUUCAGCUGAGCUAAAAAACCCUGAUGCACAGUCAAAUUAUAGCAGCACUAGCUGCCUGAGGUCAAAAAAGUCAGAAUGGGUAUAGAAGCCAGAGUGAGCACUACGCUGUGACCUUGACAGGAAAAAAUCAUUGCAUCACUGAAGAGGCUUCAGGGAGUUCCAGCUGCAUCCCUUGGCUGUGGCUAUGCUGCAGAGACACUCUACUGUGCUGUGUACCUCCAUUAGAAAAGAAGAAAAUCUUUGGAUAAGAGGGUGAUGGGUAUUACAUUAAGGGACAUGUUCUUUAGAACAUGUGACAUCUUUAUGUUUUUCUGCAUGUAGAUGGUUUUAAAAGGCUGUGGACUGUCACUGAUGUGACUGACCUGGUUUUCCAGGAGUAUGUGUGAACACUUGUUUACUCUAACCUAGUUUUAUUGCAAAAGAUUGAGUUUAGCAAAGAUUUGUUGUCUACUGUCAGAAGCCUCAUUUGUCUCCUCAUAGUAAAUUCUCAAAGCCCACUCUGAGACAGGAUAUUCAAGAACACUAGACGGUGAAUAGAAUAAAAAACUUGUUUUGUGGCAAAGUGUUAAUAUGUUAAAACCCCUGGAUCUUAUUGCUUGAAGGCAAUACCUCUCCCAGCUUGCAGUGCCAGGGCACUUUCUCUGACACUGAUGCCAGGUGCAGUCUGACCACACCCGAUAUAUUCAAAUAUAACAACUUCCAGUACCUAGAGGGGCCUAAAGGAAAGCCAGAGAGGAACUUUUUACAAGGGCAUGUAGUGAAAGGACAAGGAGGAAUUGCUUCAAACUGAAGUAGGGUAGGUUUAGAUUAGAUGCAAGGAAUUUUUUUUUUACUUGAUGGUGGUGAGGCAGUGGAAGCGUUUGCCCAGAGGAGCUGUGGAUGUCCUGAAUGUCCCUCCCCUGGGUGUUCAAGGCCAGGUUGGAUGGAGCUUUGAGCAAUCUGGUUUCAUGGAAAGCGCCCCUGCCAUAGGCAGGGGCUUUGGAACUAAAUUAUCUUUAAUGUUCCUUCCAGCCUAAACCAUUCUAUGAACUACAAGAACCUCCAAAACAGAGUGGCUGCAUCCACAUUAGCUGUUGGGCAUGAUCCUCUGCUUGAGAAUUUCUCAGGAGACAACAAGGAGGUGUGAGCCAGAAGGGUGUCAGGGAGUGCUCCAGCAGCAGGGACUGAGCAGCAAUGCCCAUGCUCUGGCUGCACUGACACAUCUACAGGGUGUUACUUCUCAGCCUUAAAUAGUCACACUGGGCUCUCAAUUUCAGGAGGUGGGAAUGAGUCACCUGACCUGUUUUAGGGGUCUCUAAAGGUGAGUCACUUUCUAGAUAUACCUAUUUCUCCCACAGUGUGAUUAUCUCAGACCUGGGUUUAGGGAAAAUGGAUUCCACCCUGAAAGAAGGAUAUAGUGGCAAUGCCUAUAUCAAAGUGCUCGCCCUCUUUGUCUGACAGACUUAUAAUGCUACUAAUUUGAAAACAUGUCUAGAUUGAGUGAAUCACAGAAGAUUUUAUUACAGUUGUGCUUUGUGCUUUCCUUCAGUGUUAAUUCUGUUGCAUUUGCAUAAGCGUGGUCCAGCGCUACAGCACGGCAGUGCGUGAGAUAAAUUAUCUUUUAGCUGCAAGUCAGUGGGGGUUGAAGGUUACACAUACCUGCAGAUCAUCAGUGGGAGUGGAUGUGGAGGAGCAUGUACCCAGAGAAAUGUGCUGGUGGUAGUGUCUUAUAAAACAAAUUAUUCAGAGGGUGUCAAGAGCUGGUAUUUGCAGAUACUACUUGGCGCUACAGCAGCUACAAUGCUGUUUAGACCAGACACAGAUCUUGCUCCUGGGCUGCCAUGUAACAAGUUUCUGUAAUAACUCAAGGGCUGGCUUCCAUGUGCAGGACAUGAAGGGACAACAGAUUUCACAUUCUUCCUUUUCUCUCCUGUGGGUGAAAAAGUCUUCAAGACUGUUAGGCUCAUCACUCCUGUGUAUUAUUUCUCACAUGUGUAAGGUAAAGACUCACAAUUAUCCCUUCUCUUCUGCAUUCCCCCAAAAUUAGGUGGCUUAAUAGAGAGACAGAACUGCUCUUGAGGUCAGGAGCAAAGUACCUUGGGAUCCUGAGGUAGGCUACAGGCAUUUUUAAUUACUCCCUUCUAAGCAAGGUUUUCCUCUCUAUUACCCCUGUUUGUUUCUUUUAUUGUGCAUGCUUGUUGUGUGAUUUGUCAUUUCCAGGGUAGAAGCAGCAUUAAUUAUUUAACUUAUCAUAGGCAGAAAAGCAUUAAAUAUUUAAACUUUUCAUCCUCCAAAACCUCUAAUGGGGUCUGUGCUGAUUACACACGCCAUGACAAAACAUUGCAACAAUGAAACCUUUUAUGAUUCAUCACAUCUUCUCAGAUGUGAGAAGGAAUGCAAGGCACAAAUGUGGAUUCAGUCUAUUGCAUACAUCCCACAGCAUGAGAUAUAAAUAGGAUAGGAAAAAUAAUAAAUGCAUUUUGGCUGGACACAGUUUGGGUUUUUUGUCUCUGGUUAGACAUCUUUUAAUGACUGAAGAGUCUCAUUUCAAGUUGGAAAGAUCCUGUUUGUGUUUGAAAUGGAAAGUGAAAUUAGUGGAUGUCUUCCUUAGUCUGCAGAGACUUUGAACUAUUGUGAACUUCCAGAGCUCAAAGAAAUUAAAAGUGAUGGUUGGGAGGGACAUCCACAGUGUGGAGGAGAAAAUAACAAAAAAAAGAUCUGAUUAAAAAAAACAAAGAAGAUCACCUCUGAUUUUUCCUUGUAUUCAAUAUCACUGCAUGUGGAGAUGCUCUAGACUUGUCCAGAUGUCUCGGAGUGAGAAAGGAGCUGAUAGAUGAGAAGCAAAGAUGCAGCAAGGCUUUCUGCUGUCAGAACAAAAAUUUAGCCUUUUAAACUCAUGUAUUGGUUUUGUAAGUCCUUCCAGAAAUUAUUACAUACUCAGAAAAAUGUUCCAAAGCUUCUUAUUAUGUUUAUCUAUGUGUCUUUAAAUAAUUUCUUAACCCAUCUGCUUCAGAAAAGCAUUUCAAAGAUGGGAUGAAAGCACAGUACUCCUAAAACUUCCCUCAAGGAGCUUCAUCUUGUGCUCAGAGUGUGGGUGUCACUUGCACCCUGAGGUGGCUUUAUGGAA